AACAAAUUUUAUAAAAUUCUGGCUUGAGCAGGUACGUCUCUCGACUGCAGCUAGCCAUCUCUGGUGGGACGAUGGCAGACGAGGAGCCUGAGGUUUUUGAGAUUACAGAUUUUACAACAGCAUCUGAAUGGGAGAGGUUUAUUGCAAGAAUAGAAGAACUUAUUCAUGAAUGGAAGUUAACAAGCCCAGUUUCACUCUCUCCUUUAAAGAAGGGAGAGUACAGCAGCGGCACUUGGGAAGAUACAACAGAUACAUUGAAAUUUGCAGAUUUUCCAUUUACUAUAGUGAGGCACUGUCUCAAACAGGCACCUAAUGGCCCAGAUACAGAGGAAGGUGCCACAGCUAUGGUGGAGGAAGAUGAAAAUGCAAUACCUCAGCCCCUGCAGGAUAUACUUAGCAUGGAGAAUGAUUUCCCAAGUAGAGCACAUUGCCUGAGUAGAUGGUAUGGCAUACGUGACUUUGUGGUUAUUUCUCCCGGGGCUACUUCUGAAGCUGUUACAAGUGAAACUAGGAUCAAUAUUCUCAUGAGCUCUAUUGCUAUUGCUGUGAAUAACACUGGAUGCCAGGUGCCUGUAUUUAUCCAAGGUCAUCAGAAGUGGAGGCGUCUAUACUAUGGCCUGUGUGAGUUCCCAGGAGUACGGACCAGUUUUGACAUGGUUCACCUGAAGAGGAUCCCACCACAGUACAAUCACCUUUCAGGACUGUUAGAUGUAUUCAAGGGAAAACUGGCAUCUCCCAUAUCCCCUCCUCCUCCAGUCACUGUGUCAGUGAGGUUCACUUAUGUGUUACAAGACUGGACACAGUAUGCCUGGCCACAGGCACCUCCUGACAUUGAAUCUGUCACAGAAGAUGAGAUUGGGUGUACAGACUUUGAGACAUUGCCAUUUGGAGCUUGUGAGGAUCCAGUCAGUGAAUUACAUCUUUCUACAACAUGGCCAAAUUUGUCUGAAGAAAUGAUUGUAGACAAUGAUACAUACACGGACCUUGACCCACUCCAAGCCCCACAAUGGUCUGUGAGGGUGCAAAUGUCAGAGGAUGUUCUCUGUCUACUUGGUGAUUAUCUUGAUGAGUUUAUAGCUGUAUGCUACAGAAAGGAGUCCACAGACCAGUUGUUGGGAAGGCAUACGUUUCAGGAAGAAGAAAAAGAUAAUGCAGAUGUCAGUAAAGCCCUGCAGAGAUUAACAGAACCAACAGUAAGCUAUAACCUUCCCUCUAUCUCCAAUGUUAUGACAAGUGCAUCAUCCAAGAUGAAGAUGAAGGCAGAAGAUGCGCCAAUCCCAGAACCCCUGUUGAAUAAAUUAUUGCAGUUUCUUUUUCCUGAUUCUGUCAAUGAGGAUAAAACAGAGCAAACUUCCACCAUUGGAUCCUCCAAAUCAGAAACUUCAGAUGUCACAAAGGAUCUCGGACGGCAGUUGAAGUCGGCUCCUGUGGACAGCCUGACUCACAAACUGGCCAUUUGUUGCUGUAUACUGAACCACAGUGGUGGCGGCCUGAGAGCUCUGGCCCAUCUGUGGCAGGAGUUUGUACUGGAGAUGAGAUAUAGAUGGGAAAAUGACUACUACAUUAUAGGUUUAGAAAAAGGUUCACCUAAUCUAGGGACAAGUUUACUUCAUCAGAAGUUACAGAUGUUGAACUGUUGUAUUGAUAGGAAGAAAACGAGGUCUGCACUUGGUCUGGAGGUAAAACAUACCUCUAUAUCAGACAACAUUGAAGAGUUAGGUAAGCAAGUUAAGUCUUCAGGACAGGACACGAAGGGUAAAAACUCUGAGAAAAACACUGGAAAAGAUGCAGCAAAGGAGAAAGAGGGGGAAGAUGAUGACGACGACGAUGAUGAUGAAUUUUAUGAGUGCCAAGAAUCUAUGAGUCAGGUAUCUUUAGCUAAAAAGACAUCUGUGGCUGAUUCAAGUGACAGUACGUCUUUGCUAGGAGAAGACUGUGAUAAUGAAGAGGCUAUCAGCCUUGCCUCAGAUCUCAGUGGGUCCACAGAUGUCAGGUAUGAAGACUCAGUGACACUGCAGCCAGAGGGGCGUCUCAGGCCAUGCGGGGAGUUGAAAUUGUUGAGAAGGGACGAGAUUCUCUACAUUCCUAUCACACAGGAACCUGCUCCCAUGACUGAGGACAUGCUGGCAGAGCAUGCUGAAGUGCUAGCCAAUCUGGGGUCAUCAGUAGAAGGCACACAUCUGAGGGCAAGGAUGCAAAGUGCUUGUCUGUUGUCAGAUAUGGAGGCUUUCAAGGCUGCCAACCCUGGUUGUAUCCUAGAGGACUUUGUUCGCUGGUACUCCCCUAGGGACUAUAUAGAAGAGGAGGAUGCAGACCAGGAUUCACAAGGAGAAAAGAAAGGUCAACUGAGUCAGCGUAUGCAGAUCCCUGGUAACAUGUGGGUUGAAGUCUGGCAUAAUGCAAAGCCAGUACCAGUCAGGAGACAGAAAAGACUCUUUGAUGAUACUAAGGAGGCAGAAAAGGUUCUCCACUUCUUAGCGUCCCUGAAACCAGGUCAGCUUGCCCUUCAUUUGAUGCCAAUGCUUAUUCAUGGUGCUAUUAUUAAACUACAGGAAAACAAUGAUUCCAGUAUUCCCAGCUUAAACACAUUACUUCAACAGAUCCAGACCAAAAGCAGUAAAGUAACCAGAGCCCCAGAUCAAGAUGUCAAGAAAUACGAGGAUCUCCUAAACCAGCUGAGGCUAGCAGAACUGGUCAUAGCUAGGGGCAGGUCUUUGAGGAAUAAGUUCCAGUGGGAGACAGAGGACAAGGCACACCAGGGCCACAUAGAGGAGUUUGCCUCCAAAUUACUGGAACAGCCAGAGGUUGAGGUGGCGGGAGGGGCCAGGGGCCCAGCAGGGGCCAUCAUACAUAAAUUGUUUGCCGAAGCACAGAAGAGUGCAAACAUGAUGAUGAAUGGCAUGCCCGUGUCUCCCGAGGACAACAUCAAGAAUGGGUCGGACUUUCCUAAGCCUGCAGGCAGGGAGUACAUCCUUAGGACAGUUGUACCACGACCAGCCCCUUACUCCAGGCCCUCGGCACAGAGGAUGUUCUGUGUCCUGUUAAGAGACGAGUUCAGACUGGCAGGAGCUUUCUCCUCUGAUACAACAUUUACUUAAAAUUAUCACAUUGACUGUACUUGCAGCAUGCAUGCCUGGGGGGGGGGGGGGAUUCUAAUCAGAAGCUUAUGAGCAAUUCUGCAUGUUUUUUAUGAAUUCAAGAUGUCAUACAGACACACAGAUGCAUUGGUUUUAUGUUUUAUAAUUUGUAAUGUACAUUGUAUUGUAUUGAAUUAUAAUGUAUAAAAUGGGCAUUUUCAAAUGUUAGCAAUGAUUUUUUCAUUAUCUGUGCUCAUUCUAGAUCUGUGUCUGUAAAACUGUAACAUCAAAAUCAUGUGAUUGAAAGAUUCUGUAAAAUAAGAAAAAAAUGGGAAAUUAGAUCAUCUUAUGUGAAAUUCACUCCAUAAAUUAUGUAUACAUCACCAUUUUGCUGUCUACCUGUCUUGUAUUUGUGAAGCUCUAAGUGUUGAGAGCUAGUUGCUUAAACAUUUUUCUUUUCAGGCUUCAGAGAGACUUUAUUUGAGGUAUUUGGGCAACUUACAAUCAAGUCUUGUUUAAACUGAUAUCCUUGAUCUUAAAACUACACAAUGAAAAAAGCUUCUCCAGCCUAUUUCAUGUUAUUGACUCUUACGGACUUGCGAUCUUAAAGAUGAAAUUUGCUCUUCAAGUACAUUUACCCAAAGCAAAAUGAGAAGUGAUAACCAAUAAUAUCCUCAUCAUCAUCAUCAGCUGUGCUUUUGAUGUUCAAUCAUAUAAGGCUACUUGUAUAACAUAGUGUUCAAAUACAACAAAAAUUGUUUA